AUCCAGCCUCUACAUUGAUUGACAGUUCCAUCCCCAAAAGGGAGGGCGGUGAAAUUUCGACCAAUCAGCGUUUGGGGGUUUACGUCUCAGCUCUAGAUGCCGCGCUUCUCCGUUAAGAUCUGGCAGCCAUUUUUGGAAUGCGGUCGACAAUUAGCUGAGGAUUGGGUCGAUAAUUAGCAAAAAUGAAUAAUGGCAAGCACAAGCUCAGCACCCGAGGAAAUUUUCAAUUGUCCGUUCUGUGAUAAGUCCUAUACAACGAAUAGCAACAAAAACAAGCAUCUUAAAAAAUGUCACGAUAUUGAUGUUCCCCAAGAUACGUCAAACCACCGGAUCCCUUGUGCAGAAAAUUAUUGCAACGGGCUUUUUGGGACUAUCGCAGAUUUACGAACACAUUUAAAUGAAGCUCACGGUUUUACAUUCCAUGAAGAUUACCGAUUUUUUCCGACGAAGAGGACGUUUUUGCAUUGGAAGAGAAAAUUAGAAAAGUCGGAGAGAGUUCGGUUCAUCAAAACACAAGGUGACAAGCUAAGAAAAAAUGCAGUGCAACAAUAUUUCCAUUGCAACAGAUCAGGUUCCUACAUUAGUCAAAGUACAGGUAAGCGAAAAGCGAAAGCUACAUGCAAAAUGGGCCAUCAGUGUACUGCAAGCAUGGUUGCCACAAUAAACAGAAUAUCGGGAGAGGUGAUAGUUAAAUUUGUGAAAGAGCACUACGGACAUGACAUCCCACCGCCCCCUACAGUGGUACAGGCCAAUCAGGAAUUAAGGCGCUCGCUGAAGCUUGGAAAAGCUAUCUCGUUAACCAUGUCGCUGAUGAAAGUAAGAACAAUUACUAUGCUAAAACAACUGAUUGAAGAAGGAGGAUUUGACCGAGUACUUGAUAAAUUGGAAGUUAUGUCAGCUGGUGCUGGCCAGUGUGUUUGUGAACUGAAAGUAGCGCAUGAGCACAAGAACCGGGCUGGCUUGCUACAUGGUGGAAUGACCUCAACUCUUAUAGAUGCCGUAUCUACAAUGGCUCUCUUUAGUAAAAUUGAAAGGCCUGGUGUGAGCAUCGAAAUGAAUGUAUCGUUCAUUCGGCCUGCAAACAUUGGUGAUGAAUUGUUUAUUGAAGGAAAAAUUUUAAAAGUAGGAAAAAAUCUUGCCUUUUUGUCAGUUGAUGUGAAAAGUAAGGUUACUGGAGAAAUAAUAGCCACAGGAAAACAUACAAAAUUUGUUGGUGAACAAUCUAACAAUCCAGGAUCUACAUCAUCAAUUCUGUCAUGAAAUUUGUGCCAUAAUUUUGUUAUAUAAUUUACACUUAGCAUAUUUUUCUAUGUUUUCAUUGACUGUUUUUAUUGCAGCUUUAAGUUCCAUUUAUAGUUGAAUUCUGUACAUAUCUACAGUGUUACUGUACAUUUUCCAUUUAUAUUAAAAAAAGAACAAAA